UUCCCCCAGACACACACCCCCAGACACACACACCCCCAGACACACAGCUGUGUUCCUCUAUGCACUUAUAGCCUGUCAUGUUUCUGUUACUGAUGUUACACUGGGGGAUCAGGAAUGAUGUUCUCUAUAUGUAAUCUAUACAUGACUCCAUUAACCCAGUUUAUGGUGAUACAUAAUCGGUAGCAACCCGACUCUGUUUAUCCAGCAUGUUUAGGGUCAACGGCCGUGUUGUCUGUCUGAUGUUGAUGACAUGGCUGCAGGGUCCCGUUACUGCGGCCUGCGGUUGCCUGUUAAUAAUUAACCCGUGUUUGUUGGUCAGGGCUCUGCUCACAGUCUUUAGUUACCUCUCUCUGCCUCCCAACACCCUUUAUGUAAAGAUAUCCUAUACAGUAACUUAAAGCUACACUCAGCAAUAUGACAUCAUUAUGCCGGUCAGAUUUCUCCUUACAGAAUCAGCAGCAAUGCACAUUAGGGAGAGACAAUAGUGGAGGUCUUGGUAAAUCUGAAUUCUGUGGUUGUUUAUGUAUGUAUGUUAAGCAGGAAGUUGCCCCAAUAUGUGCGAUGAUAUCAUAUUGCUGAGUCUCCCUUUGAAGGGUCAGAUUUGAAAUAUCCCUGCAUCAGAGUCUGUACCAGAGAGACAGAGGGGUUUAAUGGGUUUAAACCUCGGUCAUCUGCGUGCCACAACAUUAUUAACCAGCUGAGCUAAAGCCUGUCUUCAGUCGCCAGGGAAGUGUACUCAUCACAUGGACAUCGAGUCGCCUCUAUGACACAUGAACUCUAGGAAGAGAAGUGAGAUGGUGAUUCAGGUGUUCCCGGGGCUGCAGAAUGGAGAUAACGUUUCCUCAGCUUGUAAAGACCAUCUAUAAUUCAGCCUAUUAGGCUGUGUUUUUCCUGAAGAGGCUGGAUGGUGCCGGGAGUGAAUCAGUGACAGAACAGCAAAGAGUAAAGGGAAGGAAGAAGAGAGGAAAGAGAGAGAGAGAGAUCUGUGUGCACGGAGUAGAGUUGUCAACUUAUUCUGGGAUACCUUUCGAGUGGUCUAACAAAGUUUUUUUUUCCCGAGUGGUCUAACAAAGUUUUGUCGACAGACGUGAAGCAGGAAGGACCCGUACAGAGGAUAUGUUUUGACUAACAGGGGAUCAAACCAGACCGAAUCUCUUCUCCUGCUUGUUAUUGUUGUGCUGAUUGGUGAUUGCAUUUCUAGCUGCCAGCAAAUCACAGGGCUGCCCACACAGACACAACUGACUGCUCUGGGAGAAGGUCCCUCAGCAUUCUCUGAGGGUUGGCAACCCUAGCUGGGAGUGACAGAAGAACAACGUGUAAAAGAGGAAGAGAGGAGGGUUUGGAAAAUAGAGAGAGAUCGACAAAUCAUGGAGGUUAAGAGACGUCCAAUAAUCGCUGGCAGAGAGAAAGGGCCAGGCCCCGGGCGCUAUGCUCUCCCUCCAACCAUUGGCUACAUCAACCAUGACCUCACCAAGCCCAGUAGCCCCGCCUACACCUUCCACAGACGUAUGAGCAGCAACAUGGUCUCUGUGGAUUGCAGUCCAGGACCCCAGUACCACAUCGAUGACAAGAUGACCCGGUUCGGCCGCGUCGGUACCCCUUCUUACUCCAUGCUCGGCAGGGCAAGACACUCCGCUGAACUCUUCCAGACUCCAGGUCCAGGUGCCUACAGCCCAGAGAAACCUCAUCUCAGAACUCCCUCCUACACUAUUGGCUCUCGGUCACGCUACCGUAUAAUGGAUUCUGUGCCCGCCCCUAACCGGUACACCCUCCCUAACCUGCUGGGUUCCCAGGUGCCCCACAAGCCGUCCAGUGCCAGCUACAGCUUGGCGGGGCGCAGACAGGUUGGCGCUCCAUCAGAAGACCUGUCCAUGACCCCUGGACCAGGACGCUACAACAGUACUGACCCCAGCGUCUACCUCACACGACAGCCGUCCUUCUCUAUGCAGAGCCGGACUACCCGGCCCAGCGAUCAGUCUCAGAAGCCUGGGCCAGGGACCCACAGCCCGGAGAAGGUCCUGCUCCACCUCCCCAGACCUCCUGCCUUCUCCCUGGGCAUCAGACACUCAGAGUUCAUUACUCCUCUGGUGGUGGUUGUUUCCGACUGAUUUUUAUUGGAGUUUCACACGAGUUUAUGGAAAUGCUGGAGUCAGUUCUGAGUUAAAUGCCACUGUGUUGUUUUAAUGAGCACAUUUAACACAAUGUUGGAAAAGUGAGUCACAA